AUGCAACGAAUGGCCACUUCACUCGAACAACGUAUGCCAAAUUGGGUUAUAGAACAUAAAUUAACAAAAGAACAAAUAAUAGCAAAUAUUAGUUCAUGGCUUACGAAACAUUGCAUAAAAAUUGCUGUUUUUUCACUUAGUAAUAAUCUUCUUUAUUCAUGGAGAGAUGCUUAUUAUAGUACAAAUAUUCCACAUAUUGAACAUGUUAUACAAGUAUUUACUCGUUUACAUCGAGAAAUAUAUUUAUUAGAUCAUCUAAUUGAUAUUCUUAUAUCUGAAUUUCAUUCAUUAUAUACAUAUAAUUAUGCUGUACUAUGGCUUAAUACAGAUUUAACAAGACGUGAAGUUCGUGUUUCAUGGCGUUGUUCAAUUGUUAAUUGGCUAAUUGGUAUUCAACGUAAAAAUAAUAUGAAAGUUGAAGUAACUCAACAUGCUGUUCGAUUAAUCGAUGGUAUUGAUACAUUACAAGGUCAUAACGAACGAACAUAUCAAUUAAGAUCAAUGGCUUUUUUUAUUCUUGCUGCUAAAUUUCAUAAUCGUAGUCGUAUUAGAAUGGAAGAAUUUUCACGUUACUCAGCAAAUGCAUUUGAACCACGUGAAAUUAGUGAUUGUGUGCGUACAGUCUAUCAUGAAUUAAAUUUUGAAGUUCAGCUACCUCUGGCAUUUGAUUUUCUCGAAUUAUAUCUUGAAUUAAAUUCUAAUGAAACUUUUCAAUUAAAUAUUUCCAAGAUUCGUGCAUUAGCAAAUUUAUUUAUUCAUGUUGCUUGUAUACAAUCAUGGUCAAGUUGUUUUAAUGCAUCAUUAUUAGCUAGUUCUGUUCUUAUACUUUGUUUAAAAUUUUUACAUGAUAAAAAUUCUAUUUCACAAUUAUGUUCAAUUAUUUGUUUAUUUGAUUAUUCACUUGAACUUAUUCUUGGUCUUGCUGGUUAUAUUGCAUUAAUUAUUAGUGAUAUGCCAGAUAUACCAACAGAUCGAUCAAAUUAUUAUUUUUAUGCACAUAAAAUGUAUAAUGAUGAAUUUCGUCAUAAGAUUGAUGAUAAUUUUAAAUUUGAUCGUGUUAAAAAAUUUUGUCGAAUAUUUGUUCAAAUAUCUGAUAUUAAUCGACAAAUUUCAUAUGGAAUGCAUAAUCUUGUACUUAAUCAAUUACAUAUUUUUGAAAAAACAUAUCCACAUAAUUAUAAUCCAUUAUUAUGUAUAAAUAAUAAUGAAAAUCGAUCAAGUAAUAUUAAUGAAAAAUAUCGAUCAAUACAAUUUAUAAUACGAGUUGUAUUAGCAGCAAAACGUUUUUCAAAACGUAUUUUAGAAAGACAAAGAAUAAUUCAACAAUUAAAAACAACAUCAUUAAUUUGA